GGGAAGGGGGGCACUGAUGUCAGAGGCAUGAGACAGUACAUGUUUAAAGCAAUAGAACGGUGUACCAGAUUUGACCAUUCGAACGUACGCAUCCAACACAUAAGUGCUGAACGGAAGUUUCAACCAAGCUACUGAACUCUGAAUCAACACAACUUGAUAGAUUAUAAAUUAUAAACAAAGUUUUUUUUCUUUGGUGAGAAAAGUUUAACUUAUUUUAAUACAGUCGUGACCCCCAGCACGUGGCGCGGCCAUGCCUAGGAUCGAGAACGUCUUCGCCCGGGAGUCAUGUCACGUGGGGUGGCAGAACAAGAAGGGCACGGGGGAGACGUCUCUCAUGGGGGUGAUACGCCCCAAGUUUAAGACGGGGGACCAGUUUACCACCAACUACGGCCAGCUGCCAUUUAGACAGAAGCUCAAGUCUAGCCAGGUGUAUUCCAGUGACUCAAGGAGCCAAUAUGUCGACCAGCUACAGAAGAUGCUGGAUAAACUACCGUGUGAGACUACACUACAGAUCAGGUGGAGGGUCAGUAAGGAGGUGCCCGCCUUCUCAAUGGACUUUCUCUAUCUAUAUCUGUCUAGGUUUGGCCAGGUACAAGCCAUGUACCAGCUGGCCAACAACGCAGCCUUGGUUGUCUUCAGAAACGUGCAGACGGCCCGGCUUGUCCGGAGUUGUCUUGACCUCGGUCUGCCGUAUGGGCGGCUGUAUGCAAAGCUAUGGAACCCCACGUCACAGGACCAGGACUACUACCGGGUCAUGAAGCACGUGGAGAAGGCAGCAGAGGUCAAGGCCAGGUUCAACCUACUUUUGGAUAAAGACGAUCGUCUGGUUAUGGCCAGUGACGACAGGGAUGUUACACGGGCGAUCGCCGAGAGCUAUAGAGCUUCAGGACCCAAUCUUAAAAGUUAUCUCACCAUAGGCGUGGGCAUCACAGAGGCGCUGAACCCCCCGCUGAAGACGAUAUACAAGGGCAAGCUGAGAGUCCACACGAUCCAGGACAAGGGGGAGUUCGAUGACGUCAUCAGGUCCAGCCGGCAACUGGUAGUCGUGGACUUCUACGCCAACUGGUGCGGCCCCUGCAAGAAGGUGGCGCCGUACAUCGACAGGUGGGCCACGGAGUACAGCCACGUCAGCUUUGUCAAGGUCAAUGUGGACGAGGGCAUGGAGAUCUCGGAGAUGGCGGGGGUGGAUUCACUGCCCACCUUCCAUUUCUACAAGGACGGCAGCAAGCUGGGGCAGGUAGUGGGUGCUGACGUCACGGCCAUCAAGAUGAUGAUUGACACGUACAGUUAGGUCAGGCUGUGGACAAGGUUACGCUGCACGAAGAAAAUGUUGACUGGAAUAAAAAUAGAAAGAAACACACAACAAGAGGCGUGGAGAUAAAGAGGGGCAGUUGUUAAACAAAAACAUCCAGGGUAGAUGAACUACACGAAAACUUUGUGGGAACAUGAACUACACGAAAACUUUGUGGGUACAUGAACUACACGAAAACUUUGUGGGUACAUGAACUACACGAAAACUUUGUGGGUACAUGAACUACACGAAAACUUUGUGGGAACAUGAACUACACAAAAACUUUGUGGGUACAUGAACUACACGAAAACUUUGUGGGUACAUGAACUACACGAAAACUUUGUGGGUACAUGAACUACACGAAAACUUUGUGGGAACAUGAACUACACGAAAACUUUGUGGGAACAUGAACUACACGAAAACUUUGUGGGUACAUGAACUACACAAAAACUUUGUGGGAACAUGAACUACACGAAAACUUUGUGGGUACA